AAGCUGCCGGUGAGAACUCAAGUCAGUCACCUGAACCCUCGGCUCACCUGAGACUGUUAAACCAGACACAGACCAGAGAUCUGUCAAACCAGGACCAUGUCUUCAUCAGUGUCGCCCUCAGCAGGUGGAGUGCUGGUGGUCACCCAUGUGUACCCUCCUAAUUCUCAGUACCAAGGGCAGCAGGUGUGUGAGGGGGCGCAGACGUUCAGCCGGGCAUGCCCACUUGCUGUCGGGACGGUGCAGAUCAUUAUUGGUGUGAUGGUGUUUUUGUUCGGGGUUGUCGUGGUUGCCACCCAACAACUCUCUCUGGGGGUGCUCGGUGGUUUCUUCGUAUGGGGAGCUGCGUUUUACAUCACAGCCGGCUCUCUCACAGUGGCUGCUGGGAAAUCUUUCAACCGCUGCCUGGUGAACACCACUCUCGGGUUUAACGUGGUUGCCUCGGUGGCGUCGUUUACGGCCAUCAUCCUGUACACUUUGGAUGCUGCACUACUGCCUCUUUGCUACGACUGCCCCUACUGGAAUCAGGCCCGGGGUUUCUCGGGGGUCCUGGCCGUGUUCCAUUUAUUGGAGUUCAUUGUUUCCAUCACCGUCUCAGCGUUCGCCUGUAAGGCUACCUGUAACUGUGGCAGAGAGCAGCAGCCGUUCUACAUCAUUCCUGGAAAUGCUUCAAUGGCUCCACAAGCUGUUCCCACUUUCCAGGCUGCGUCGGCCUCCGUGACUCCGCCCCCCCCACAGCAGCAGCCGUUCUACAUCAUUCCUGGAAAUGCUUCAAUGGCUCCACAAGCUGUUCCCACUUUCCAGGCUGCGUCGGCCUCCGUGAUUCCGCCCCCCCCACAGAUGGUGAACCUCCAUAAAGAGGAACUUACUGUUCCGGAGCCUCCAGCAUAUGGUGAUAACUGACACAGCGUCACGAACCUGUUUCACGCUGACGUGAGGUUCGGCUGCGAUGUGAAAUAAAUUUAAUAACUUUAAAACAAAGUGAUUAUAAAAUGUAAAAACUGAAACUUAAACACUGAACUUUGAAUCAAAAUGUUUUCCAGAAUAAACUGUUGAAAUCUGACUCUAAAUAAACUCCUUUCUGCUGAC